AUGAUCGAAUUCUUAAAUAUUUUAUUUCAAAUAUUUCUUUAUGUUGGUAUUAUCGCAAUAAUUGCCUAUUUUAUAUAUCCUUUACAUGAUAAUAUUGAAAAUUAUUUUAAAAAUAAAGUUGUUUGGAUUACUGGUGCAUCAUCAGGUAUUGGUCGUGAAUUAGCAAAAGAAUUAGCUCGUCUAUCACCAACUACACGCAUUGUUUUAUCUGCGAGACGUGAAGACGAACUGUAUUCACUUGCGGCUGAACUUCAUCUUGAUCCCGAUCAUUGUCUUGUUUUACCACUUGAUCUUGAAAUACAUGAUGAUGGUUUUGCAAGAAAAGUUGAUCUUGUUCUUGAUCGAUUUAAACAUAUUGACGUUUUAAUUAAUAAUGGUGGUGUAUCACAACGAAGUUUAAUUAAAGAAACUGUAUACAAAGUUGAUUCACGAUUAAUGAAUAUUAAUUAUUUAGGUACGAUUACAUUGAGUAAAGCUAUUCUACAGCAUUUUAUUGAUCGUCAAAAAGGACAUUACGUUGUCGUAACUUCAGCAACUGGUUAUGCUGGUACAGCAUUACGUUCAUCAUAUGCUGCUUCUAAACAUGCUUUACAUGGUUUCUUUGAUUCUCUUCGAUUAGAACAUGCUCGUGAUAAUAUUGAUGUAACAAUGGUGUGCCCAGGAUUUGUAAAAACAGAUGUUUCGAUAAAUGCUUUUGAAGGUUCUGGAGCAUUACAUAAAAAAAUGGAUCCAAAAACUGAAAAAGGAACAGAUCCAACUGUAUGUGCAUAUGAUAUACUUUGUGGUGUUGCUGCUAGAAAACAUGAAAUAUAUGUUGGUCAUUUGGCAUCUGUGGUAAUUUAUUUACAACGUUUUUGUCCAAAAUUACUCUAUCGAAUUUUAUUACGUACCGAUUCAUCUUAG